AUGGGCGCUUCUAUAAUCGAGAUCCAGCGCGACAUCAUUUUAAGCACGAUCCGCCAAACUGUCGGCCACGAAUGGAAAGUCCUGGUAGUCGAUGAACAGAGCCGGAAAUUGAUCAAUGCCGCUGUCAAAGAGGAAGAGAUCCUCAACCUGAACGUCUCCAAUGUCGAGCAAAUUGAGCACCGACGACCGAACAACCCGGACAUGGACGCCCUUUACAUACUGUCCCCGGAAUCAUGGAUCGUGGAUUGUCUCAUGGCUGACUUCGAGGUCAAACGGUAUCGGAGGGCGUUCCUGGUUUGGACCUCUUUCCUCGACCCGCAGCUACGACAGCGACUUGACCGAUCUGACAUGGCACGUGAACGGACCGCAGACUUUCGAAUCAUGAAUAUCAGUUUCUACCCCCGAGAGUCACAGUUGGUCACCUUCCGCGACCCGUACAGCUUCCCGAUUCUGUUCCAUCCAGGCUGCAACAAUUUGAUCCGCAACCACCUUCAAGAGCUAGCGCAAAAGAUCGUCUCACUCUGCGCUUGCUUAGGCGAAUAUCCAGUCAUCCGCUAUUACAAACCGAGAACCCCCACCCACGAAGCUGCUGUUCUUGCCUCACAUUUGGCACGGUUUGUUCAGACUGAAUUGGAUCAGUUCGCGCAGCAUCAACGCGAUUUCCCGCCACAGACCAACCGACCUCGGGGUGUUUUACUCAUAGUGGAUCGAUCCAUGGACACAUAUAGUCCUCUUCUCCAUGAAUUUACCUUCCAAGCUAUGGCUCAUGAUCUUCUCCCAAUCAAGGACGGAGAUAAAGUCACCUACAAAAUGGUGCUCCACGAAGGUAAACCCAAUGAAGAGGAGAAGGAGAUGGAGAUUGGAGAACAUGAUAAAGUGUGGGUGUCGUAUAGACACAUGCACAUGAAGGAUCUGCUUGGGAAGCUGGGAGAGGAUUUUGCCAAGUUCAGAGCUGCCAACCCUCAGUUUGCUGAAGAUCUUGAAAAAACGAAUGUGAACACGAUCAAGGAUAUGCUGGGAGGACUGACUGAAUUCACAGAGGGCAAGGAUGCAUACACCUUACAUCUUAACAUGGCAGAGGAGUGCAUGAAAUACUUCCAAGAACACAAACUCCUGGAAGUGAGCUCCAUCGAGCAAUCGUUUGCUACCGGUCUCGAUGAGAACUACAAGAAAGCCAAGAACUUGGCAGCACAACUUGUUCAGUUACUUGACGAUGACCAGGUCAUCCAUUCUGACCGACUCCGCUUACUGCUGUUGUACAUCAUGUAUCGUAACGGGUUGCUAGGGGGGGAUAUUCGAAAACUCAUGGCGCACUCCGAACUACCGGGACGCAACGGGGAAGUUAUUGCCAACCUUGGGCUCUUGGGUGUCCGAGUGGAAAAGCCUUUGAAAGACGAUACACCUCCACCACAACCUUUAUUCAACCGCUGCGCGCCACCGCAGAAUGGAGAAGAGAUCAGCCUGUCGCGGUACGAGCUGGCAGUCAAGCAGAUGCUUGAGGAGCAAAUCCGAGGUUCACUGGACACUACCACCUUUCCAUUCACCCGACCCCAUACCGAUACUGACGGUAGCAUGGCCGCACAGGACAUGCUAUCGCAACAAACCUCUCUGCGCAGUGCCAAACCCACCUGGGCCCGCACAAGGAGUGUUGACCAGCCCCGCCAGCGUAUCAUUGUCUUCAUGGCUGGUGGUGCCACAUAUUCCGAGUCCCGCGCCUGCUACGAGAUCUCCCAGGCCCACAACCGAGACGUCUUCCUUGCUACGACACACAUGCUCACCCCGGGCCUGUUUAUGCGCCAAGUGGGCGAUCUCAGCAUGGACAGACGUCAGCUAAACAUCCCUGCUGAGCGGCCGAAGCCUACUGCACCCGCUCACCUCUUCGAGCGUGAAUCACCGCCCGCGCCAGCAGCGCAACCUCAAAAGAAAAAGCCGGUUGCCAGUGCGAAUGCGCCCACGGCGCAGAUGGCAAACAUGUCAUUGAACGGGUCAAACGGAACACCGCCGCCCUCGUCCAGUGGUAAAAUGCACAAGAAAGAAAAGGAGAAGAAGGACAAAAAAUACCGAUUCUUCUAG